ACCCACCGUAUGAGCUGACCAACCAUGUGAAAGAUCAUAUCUACCGUACGUCCUCUUCCCCCCUUCAAAAAGUUCAAAAUAUUGUAGGGCUCGAUGUUGCAGAGCCAGCCUGAUCAUCUUUUAUAUGAGUCCUGCAUUUUUCACCAUCAUACUCCAUAGCCGUAAUGCGAUCACACCGGAAGCUUCGUAACUUCUACAGAUUCAUCACCUCCGACACCGACCAAACAUGCCUCAAAAUCCCGAAGAAGUUUACAAGAGAUCACCGGAAGCAAAUCCUGUUGAACAACAAUGUCCUGAUAAUUGUUUCAGAUGACAAGGUUUGGCCUCUCGUUUGGACGGUGUCCGAAGACGGUAAGCUCUGGCUGCAAAAGGGUUGGCCCGAGUUUUAUCAACAUUAUUGCUUAACCUUUGGACAUCUGUUAUAUUUUAAACAUCUUGGAAAAUCCAUAUUCCACGUUAGAAUAUUCGACCCAAGAUAUCAAGAACUAUAUAACUUACAACCGGAGGAAAAAAUAAAAAAUAACAACCGCUCUUUCGAAGUCACUGUAAGAAAAUCAUACUUAGAAUCUUCAAUGCUGUACGUACCAGUUCGAUUUUAUAGAAGGUAUUUGAGUAGUAAAAAAAAGGGUGUAAGGUGUGUUCUUCAGAUGGCACAAGGGGGAAGCUGGGGUGGGGUUAAAUGCAGGGUGUACGAAGGAUACGCUAAGCUAUGUGGUCAAAAUUGGAAGAGAUUUAGUGACGAGAAUCAUCUGUGCGUCGGUGACGUUUGUGUGUUUGAGUUGAUAAAUGCUGUUGAGAAAGUAAUGAGAGUCACUAUUUCUCGUGCUUGCUGACAGAGGAGUCAAGAAGGUCGGUGUAGAUGGGUUUGUGUUUGGGUGUAAUUUGCUAUAAUAUCUAGGUGGUGUGGUUAGAAAUGUUGGGUGGUAAGCAACUGUGACUGAUUUCAAUCACUCUUGAAAAAUACUAUGUAGUUUAUUUUGUAAAUCAAGAACAGGAAAGCAAG